CCAAGAGGACAGAGGCGGCGGCGGCGCAGAUGCUCUCCUCACCCCGUGUCGGCCAUAAGGGCGGAGCGAACACACCGGCGGCGAGGCGGUGAAGGGGUUGGAGGAGGCGGUCGAGCGGGUUCUCCCUCUGCAGAACGAUGGAUCGAGCCGAGCACCUUGAGCCCUUCUAUCCACAGGCGGAAGUGCAGUGGCUGGCGGCGCCUCGAUUUCCUGGUGUUGGAAUCGGUGGAGCAUGCCGUCGCAUGGAAUAACUUUGCUCAUGGUGGACUGUGGUAGGGUCUUCCCUAAAGCAAAGAGACGGAGUGCACUUGUGGGAAGAGAGCUUUCACAAACAAAUUGGCAGCAUAUACUCUUGUGGGAGAGAUAGGGAGUUUGUGCUCUAGCUGGCUGGUAGCUUCGAGGCCAUGAGCGGGGUUGGAGAGAUGAUUGUGAGUUCCGUGGCGAGACGGGUCGCCAGCAAGCUUGGCGACCUCGCAGUGGAGGAGGCCACUCUGCUGUGGAGGUUCAAGGAUGAUGUGAAUGACAUGAAGGAGAAGAUGAGAGAUCUGGUUGCUGUGAUGCAAGAUGCUGACGAUAAGGUGCGCCAAGUAGGAAAAGAUGGAGCAGUGGCACGGCGGUGGCUCUCCAAAGUUAAGUCCGUCGCCUACGACGUUGAGGACGUGCUGGAUGAAUUCGAUGCUGCUCAGCUCAUCAGGAACCAUCAAUCCAAGCUCAAGUUAUACUUUUCCUGGAACAAUCCGCUCCUCCAGAAAAUGACCAUAGCACGCAACAUGAAGAACUUGAGGGAUAAAAUAGUUGCAAUAGAAAAGGAUGGCAAGAUGCUCAAUCUUGUGCGUCAUGAACCACAUGCAAAAGGGAGUAGAAGCAACGAAACUUUUACUGUCAGUGAUGAUAUGGAGAUUGGAAUGCUAGGGAGGGAUGCUGAAACAGAAAAAAUAAUCAGCCUUCUAUUGAAAACUGAAGCCAAGGAGGAUAUCUCAAUUAUUCCAAUUGUUGGGCUUGGUGGACUAGGGAAGACAACCUUAGCCCAAGCAGUUUUUGCAGACAAAAGGGUCCGUGUCUUUGAUAUGAAAAUCUGGGUUUAUGUUUCAGAGGAUUUUGAUCUGCUCAAAAUUGGGAAAGCUAUCAUCAGAGGAGCAAACAGAAGUAUCAGCCUAGACAACUGCAACUUGCAGUUUGUACAAGAUAAUCUGAUAAAAGAACUUGCCAAUAGGAGAUACUUGAUUGGUCUAGAUGAUCUCUGGGAAGAAUAUGGAGAAAAUUUGGAAAAGUUGAAGCAGAUGUUACAACAUGGCGGCAAGGGUAGCAAGAUUAUAGUAACUACACGCAAUGGAAGUGUAGUGCAAGUACUACACACUGGUUGUCUUGCAAAUCAGCGGAAAAUAUGCCCUGUGCAUGAGGCCGAUCAUAUCAAUUUGGAUGUUUUAUCACCUGAUGACUGCUGGAAGGUGAUGAAGCAAAGAAUAUUUGGACCUGAUGAUGAUCAAAGUGGCUUAGAGGAAAUCGGAAGGCAAAUUGCUGGGAGGUGCGGGGGACUACCACUGGUGGCUAAUGCUCUUGGGCAAGUAAUGUCUGAGCAAAGGACCGUUGAGGCAUGGAGAGAUAUAAGAGACAGAAAGAUUGUUUUGGAUUUCAUAGUAGAUAAUCGGCGAGACACUUUGGAACGCGUCUUGUUGAGCUAUUACUACAUGAAGCCAAACUACAAAAUGUGCUUUACAUGUCUUGCAUCAUUCUCGAAGGGCUUCGUUGUGGACAGUGACCGCCUGAUCCUGCAAUGGAGCGCCCUUGGAUACAUUCAAGCAAGGCAUACUGGUCAAAGUUGUAUUGAUUAUCUUCUGGGGAUGUCCUUUCUUCAGAUUUCCAAGUCUUCAUCAGUUAGCCCAGUGCAUGCCAAAGCUCCACGAAAGCUCACCAUGCAUGAUUUAGUGUAUGAUCUUGCAAAAAUAAUUGCUGCUGAUGAAGUCCUUGUUAUGGAUGCCAACAAACCAACAACAUGGGACAAAGCUAAUGAGCAUUACUGUCGACAUGCACAGUUGGUCAACUACCAUAAGCGAACUGAGAUUUUUAAACAUAUACCCUGCAAGAUACGAACCCUCUGUUUUAGAGAAUGUCCUGAAAUGCAACUUCCCCGAAAAGCAUUCUCUCAAACCAGUUACAUACGUAUAUUGGACCUGAGUGGAUUGUCCAAUGAAGAGCAAUCUACUCCAAGCAAUCCAGUCCUGCCAUCUUCCAUUCGUCGACUGAUGUUGCUGGGGUAUCUUGAUGUCUCAGGCUUUCCUAUUAUAUCCCUCCCUAAAUCUUUCCACACACUUCAAAAUAUGCAGAGUCUAAUUCUCUCCAAUUGCUCUCUUGAAAUAUUGCCUGCCAACAUUGGUAGCCUCCAAAAACUUUGUUAUUUGGACCUAUCAAGGAAUAGUAACCUUAAUAAACUGCCGUCAUCAGUCACAGACCUUGUUGAGCUAUAUUUUCUAAACCUAUCUGGGUGUGCUAAGCUUGAAGAGUUGCCUGAAUCAAUUAACAACCUUAAAUGCUUACAGCAUCUAGACAUAUCAGGUUGUUGUGCUCUUCAAAAGCUCCCUGGUAAAUUCGGUAGCCUUGCUAAACUCUCAUUUGUAAACUUGUCAAGUUGUUCAAAGCUAACCAAACUUCCAGAUAGUCUUAACCUUGAGUCUCUAGAGCACCUAAUCCUCUCAGACUGCCAUGAGCUAGAACAACUACCAGAAGAUCUUGGUAAUCUUUAUAGACUUGAGGUUUUGGAUAUGUCUGACUGCUACAGGGUUCAAGUGCUACCAAAAACCUUUUGCCAACUUAAGCAUUUGAAAUACCUUAAUCUUUCAGACUGCCAUGGGCUGAUACAACUCCCUGAAUGCUUUGGUGAUCUCUCUGAGCUCCAGUCUUUGAACCUCACAAGUUGUUCUAAGCUACAGUCAUUGCCCUGGUCAUUAUGCAACAUGUUUAAUUUGAAGCAUCUUAAUUUGUCAUAUUGCGUAAGUCUUGAAAGUCUUCCAUCUUCACUUGGUGACCUUCGUCUUCAAGUCCUGGAUCUUACUGGUUGUUAUAAUAUGCAUGGCUUGCCAGAUAGUAUCAGUAAUAUGAGUAGUCUCACCCUGCUUAACACUGCUACAGGAUCAGAAUGUGUGUUUCAUAAGACUCAAAUUAUUAAAAAACAUUUAAAUUUGCCUGGCACUGUAGAACAUGAUGUGCAUGAGAUAGAAAAUGCUGAUUUCAGCAGUAUAGUGGAGCUUGGGAGACUGCGUUGUCGUGAGCUGGAAGUUAGACAUCUUGAAAAUGUUGAGCGGCUAGAAGAUGCUAGGAAAGCUAACUUGCGGGAUAUGGUGGAGCUUCGUUGGUUAAAAUUUUCCUGGGAACUUGGUGGCACAAGAAGUGUGGACAAGGAUAAAUUGGUGCUGGAGAACCUCAUACCUCCUCGGACUCUUGAAGAGUUUUUGUUGGAUGGGUACAUGUGCAAGGAUUUCCCAUCCUGGUUGACUGGCAUAUCCUCCUAUCUCCCUUAUCUCAUGUGCAUUAGGAUCUGUAAUUUAGCAACAUGUGAUUCUCUUCCUGCAUUUGGCCAGUUGCCAAACCUAAGACAUUUCAGGAUGAAUAACAUGCCCAGCAUUAGGAGAAUUGGCAAGGAAUUCUAUGGAGAGGAAGGAAACUGUAAGAAAUUAAGAGUUAUUUGGUUGGAAAGAAUGACUAACUUGGAAGAGUGGUGGACAACACGGUCCGGUAAAGAAGAUGAAGAGUUCUUAAUCCCUAAUUUACAUGUUUUGAAGGUAGAUAACUGCCCAAAGUUGAGUUUCCUACCAUAUCCCCCAAGAAGUAUGAACUGGUACUUGGACAGUAGCGACGAGGUGUUGCCAGAACGAGGAUUCAGGAGCCUUGUGUCUUCCACUCUUCCUUUUCGUGUGGUCAUAGGUAAUUGCCACUUUUCCCCUGACAGGUGGGGCAGACUUGCCACCCUUGAGAUUUUUGAAGUACAUCGUUGCAGCGGCUUGCGGACGUUGCCCGAUGUCAUCCAGUGCUUUCUCUCUCUUAGAGCAAGUUUAAUAGUAUAGCCAACUACUAGCUCCAAUUCAAUUAUAGCCAAUAUAAUAGCCCAUCCAUACAAUAGUUAUGUACUACACUAUUAAUACCUGGUCCCAUCUGUCAUACACACACUGCGUCUUGGAGUC